AUGCCCCUCAUCGCCGACAAAAUUGUGCCAUGGCCACAGGUCAAGCCGUACGAUAAACAGUCAGUUCCAGUGCCCGGAACAAAGCGACCGGGCCAAUCAGCUCAUUAUCGCAACGCUAUCUGGGGCUUAAUUGACGAACACACUCCCAACACGCUUGUAACUCUUGACCAGAUCUUCAAUGACGGUCUGAGAAUUGGAAAGGACCGCGACUUUUUGGGAUACCGUCCCAUCAUUUCGACCAAUCCCCUCAAGUUCGCUCCCGCCUACACUUGGUUAACGUACGGCGAGGUGGAUCUUAGGCGUCGGUACCUCGGAAGCGCAAUCCAUACUUUGUUCCAGAGGGGUGAAUUAGGGGGUGGAGAAUACGACACAAUAAUUGAUAUAGCCCUGCAAACGUACAACAAGGUUGGAGUCAGUUUAUAUGAUACACUUGGAAAGGAUUCCGUUGAAUACAUUAUUAACCAUGCUCAUCUUUCAAUCAUUUUCGCUACUUCGGAGCACAUUUCAACAAUAUUGAAACUUGCACCCAAGCUAUCUACCCUGAAGAUGAUCGUAUGCAUUGACAAGUUGCCCUUAGAGGCGGCGAAUCUUAUCCGUGAAUGGAGUCAAACACAUGGCUUGAAGUUUAAGGAGUUUUUAGAGCUCGAGGCUGAGGGCAAGGCUAACCUCUUGCAACCCAUUCCGGCCACUCCUAACACCGUCGCUUCAAUCUGUUACACGUCGGGUACAACCAACAAUCCAAAGGGUGUGGUUUUACUUCACAAGAACCUAGCAGUUGCUACCCAAUCCAACUUGUAUGGUAUGGAAUUACCAGAUCAUGCCAUCUUGUUGUCAUACCUCCCCCUUGCCCAUAUAUAUGAGCGUGUUUGUGAAUUGUGUACCAUCGCUGUCGGAGGAAGGAUUGGUUAUUUUACUGGAGAUCCUCUUCGUCUCUUAGAGGAUGCACAAAUUUUGAAACCGAACUUUUUCCCUUCGGUACCUCGUGUACUGAACAGGGUCUAUCAGGCGGCCAUGGUUGGGGGCAGCGCCCCUGGGUUAAAGGGUACUAUUUUCAAGAAGGCGCUACAGGCCAAGCUUGAAAGAUUGCACACGACUGGAGAGUCGAAACACGCAUUUUGGGACAGAGUAGUCUUCCGCAAAAUUCAAGCUGUUCUUGGUGGCCAAGUGCAGCUAGUCACCAGUGGCUCUGCGCCAAUUAGCUCGGAAGUCAUGGACUUCCUCAAGAUCGCCUUUUCGUGCGAGGUAGCUGAAGGUACAUAUGGUAUGACUGAGAACGCUGCUACCUGUUGUAAAUCUUGGCCCAACGACCCCACGGCAAGUGGGACCGUCGGACCUCCAGGGCCUGUCAAUGAGGUUAAGCUGCUCGAUGUCCCAGCUAUGGGUUAUACCUCGGACGACAAGCCUAAUCCACGUGGAGAGCUUUGUGUUCGUGGUGCAAACUGUUUUUCAACAUACUACAAAGACGAAAAGAAUACUAGAGAGACCGUUGAUGAGGAAGGUUGGGUUCACACCGGUGAUGUUGCCGAAAUUGAUCAACGCGGCCGUGUCAAAAUCAUUGACCGGGUCAAAAACAUAAUGAAACUUGCUCAAGGAGAAUACGUCGCACUCGAGAAAAUUGAGAACGUUUAUAGCAGCAAUCCCAUCGUUUCGCAGAUCUUUGUUCACGGCGACGGGCUACAGUCGUAUCUGGUUGCUGUGCUCAUUCCGGAUCCCAUACUCCUCUCCAACAUUGUUUCCACGUUUCAGGACAAGAGAGUGUCACCCGAAGAUGCAGCAGCCUUAGCAGCGGCCUGCAAAGAUGCACGUAUCUGCUCACACAUAUUGUCGGCAUUGACUAAGGAAGCUCAGCGGAAUGGCUUGAAAGGAUUCGAGGUGGUCAAGAGACUCCAUUUGAGCCUCGAUCCCUUUACCGUGGAGAACAACACACUGACGCCAACAAUGAAGAUCCGACGGAAGGAUGCGUACAACAAGUUCAAGGUUGAGCUUGACGGGUUAUAUAGUCUUGGGGAACCGUCUAAGUUGUAGGCAAGUUGUAGGGAUCAAACAUGACCAAUCAAUUUAAAUAGCACUUACCCCGUACUUAUUAGUCAAGAGUUGUAACUCAUGUCUACAGUGUUGUCCAC